CCCUUCCGGGGAGCGGGCGGCUCCCCACCCCGCCCCCCGCAGCUCCGGGUGACGCGUCUCCAGUAACAGCUCGCCGGGAGACGCAGCUCGGGGCACCGCGGCGCCCGCCCAGCCCCGCGCGCCGCUGUCGCCAUGAGGGCCGAGGGCCGCGGCGGCCUGGAACGGUUCCGCAGCCCGGGCAAGGGCCGGGGGCUGCGGGCCCUGCAGCCCUUCCAGGUGGGGGACUUGCUCUUCUCCUGCUCGGCCUACGCCUACGUGCUCACGGUCAACGAGCGGGGCAACCACUGCGAGCACUGCUUCGCCAGGAAAGAAGGAUUGUCCAAAUGUGGAAGAUGCAAGCAGGCAUUUUACUGCAAUGUGGAGUGUCAGAAAGAAGAUUGGCCCAUGCACAAGUUGGAAUGUUCUCCCAUGGUCGUUUUUGGGGAAAGUUGGAAUCCAUCAGAGACUGUAAGGCUAACUGCAAGGAUUCUGGCCAAACAGAAAAUCCACCCAGAGAGAACACCUUCAGAGAAAUUGUUAGCCGUGAAGGAGUUUGAAUCACAUCUGGAUAAGUUAGACAAUGAGAAGAAGGAUUUGAUUCAGAGUGACAUUGCUGCUCUCUAUCAGUUUUACUCCAAGCACCUUGAAUUCCCCAACCACGAUAGCCUCGUGGUGCUAUUUGCACAGGUUAACUGUAAUGGCUUCACAAUUGAAGACGAAGAACUUUCUCAUUUGGGUUCAGCAAUAUUUCCUGAUGUUGCAUUGAUGAAUCAUAGCUGUUGCCCCAAUGUCAUUGUGACCUACAAGGGGACCCUGGCAGAAGUAAGAGCGGUACAGGAAAUCAGCCCAGGAGAGGAGGUUUUUACCAGCUAUAUUGACCUCCUGUACCCAACAGAAGAUAGGAAUGACCGGUUAAGAGAUUCUUAUUUCUUUACCUGCGAGUGCCAGGAGUGCACCACCAAAGACAAGGAUAAAGCCAAGGUGGAAAUCCGGAAGCUCAACAAUCCCCCAAAGGCAGAAGCCAUUCGUGACAUGGUCAGAUAUGCUCGCAAUGUCAUUGAAGAGUUCCGGAGGGCCAAGCACUACAAAUCCCCUAGUGAGCUGCUGGAGAUCUGCGAGCUCAGCCAGGAGAAGAUGAGCUCCGUGUUUGAGGACAGUAAUGUGUACAUGUUACACAUGAUGUACCAGGCCAUGGGCGUCUGCUUGUACAUGCAGGACUGGGAAGGAGCCCUGCGAUAUGGACAGAAAAUCAUUAAGCCCUACAGUAAGCACUAUCCUCUGUACUCGCUCAACGUGGCCUCCAUGUGGCUGAAGCUGGGCAGACUGUACAUGGGCCUGGAGCACAGAGCUGCAGGAGAGAAAGCCCUGAAGAAGGCCAUUGCAAUCAUGGAAGUUGCUCACGGCAAAGAUCAUCCAUAUAUUUCUGAGAUCAAACGGGAAAUUGAAAGUCACUGAAACUAUGCAACAUUUCAGUUUUAAUUUAAACAAUAAUUUAGAAACCACAAAAUACUUAUAUUUCAAAUCUUAUAUACAUCACUCCAGCAUUUCUGCAAAAUAGUUGCAAUGAAAACAUUUCAUUCACUUGAACCUUGCAUAUGCCAUACUUCAGGGUUGGUCUUAAUCUUGAACCUUAGUAUCGAAUUAAUUUUGAAUGCUUUUUUUCCCUGAGAGAUAAUGGCUUGGUUGCAUAUAUUAUAAUAUACUUCGGACCGAUCGAGUUUUAAAAAUGCAAUUAUUUUUCCUUUCAUGCCUAUUGUAAUAUUCUUGAAUGAUAAAAGAGAAUAAAAGAGAUAACAGUAUUAAAA